GUUGUAAGACGGCGACUGACAGCAACGGAGAGGAGAAAUCGCGAUAAAUUGAGUUCCGACCGCUCUAAAAAGGCAACCGACCGCGAACAACGGGACAAUACAUGUUGAAGGAUUACAUUCAGUGACGUUAUCUGUUAAUUCCGUCUAAUAUCUGGCGUCAUAUUGGCUGAUGAAGUUAUUUCGGAGGCUGUAACGUUACGUGCUAAGCUUUAUUCAGCCGUCGACAUGUCUUAGUUGAAAACGACGGUUUGUUUUAACUACAUACCUUAGCAGCUCUGGAGAAGCUUUAUGAGGUCGGGAAUUGCAGGUUUGAGUCAUUAACACCAGAAGGGAAUGUUGAUAUAGCGCGUUUGGCCAUAUUGAAGUCCUCCACUGUCAACUUGAGCUCGCGCGUGCGCUCAAUCGUGCGCGUGACCCCAUUUAUUUCACUUUAUCUAUGAUCUGUUGUACUACAUAUAUUAUAUUUAAGCAUAAAGCGAAGUGAGCGUGAUGUGGAAACAUCGUUUAGGAAUGUUAAUUCCAUUUUUAUCCCCGUAAAUGUGCAUGCAUUUAGUGACUUUCCAGGUGGUUCGGAGGCAUUGAGCUGUUUGAAAUUUUAGUUCCUUUGCGUUAACAACAUUUUUUUUAUCUCUAUAUUGUAUGGCGGGUUCUAUGCAUAGGUUGUCCAGUUGUGCUGAUCACUGGGUUUGGGAGCUGGCCCAUUUACUGAAUGAGUUUAUUGAACGAGCUCGUUUAUUCUGAGCGCGCGGCAGGGCAACAUUUGUGUAGAUACAGUAUUCUUACGCAUUGGAAUUUUCUCGUUAUUGUUAUGGGUUUUAAAGCAAACUGCAUAGACAGUCACAGAUCACUUUAUUUCUAAAAGCUCGUCUGCUUUGAAUGAACUAUCACCAGUGGACACUUUAAUGUCGUUUCUAAAUCGCCGAAUCUGAGGACUACAAGCUGGCAUUGGAUUUUUGCACUGCCAUAUAUCACUGACUCGGUGACAUGGUUGUGUUACACUGACUGCUGACCAGUAGUUCGAGGAGAAACUUGAAUGCAAAGACUUUUGGAUUUUGUAGGACAAGACAGAAGAUUAAAAAAUGGGACCUGCAACAAAACUGGCUUUUGGAGUCUUCCUCAUUUCCUGCUCCUCAGGUGCCAUUCUCGGCCGAUCAGAGAAACAAGAGUGUGUGUUCUACAACUACAACCCCAGCUCGGAGAACCGAGGAAAUCGCAGCAGUAUUGAGACUUGCAUGGGAGAGAAGGACAAGAGGCUUCAUUGCUACGCAACUUGGCGAAAUGUGUCAGGAUCGGUUGAAAUAGUAAAGCAAGGCUGCUGGCUUGAUGAUGUCAACUGCUAUGACAGCACUGAGUGUGUUGAGAAGAAGGAGGACCCGGAUGUGUUCUUCUGCUGCUGCGAGGGCAACAUGUGCAACGAGAAAUUUUUCUAUAACCCUGACACACAGCCAGUUCAGAGUAAGGCUCCCCUCAGCGACACAAACAGCAAAGUCUUUAAGGCAACAUCUAACCCCUUCACCCAGAAGCCACCACUGUUUAGUACCCUUCUGUACUCCAUCGUGCCCAUCAUGGGCAUCACGGCCAUUGUCCUGCUCUCCUUCUGGAUGUAUCGACAUCACAAGCUGGCGUAUCCACCUGUUCUGGUGCCUACCCAGCACGCCUUUCAUAUAAUGAUAGAGGACCCUGGACCCAUGCCUCCGUCUCCCACCCUGGUCCAGAAGCCUCUGCAGUUGUUGGAAAUCAAAGCUAGGGGGCGCUUUGGCUGUGUGUGGAAGGCUCAGCUGCUCAAUGACUAUGUGGCAGUGAAGAUUUUCCCCAUUCAGGACAAGCUGUCAUGGCAGAAUGAGUAUGACAUUUACAAUCUCCCUGGCAUGAGGCAUGAAAACGUUCUGCAGUUCUUCGGGGCAGAGAAGAGAGGAAGUAACCUGGACAUUGAGCUGUGGCUCAUUACAGCUUACCAUGAGAAGGGCUCCCUGACGGACUACCUAAAGGCAAACGUAGUGACGUGGAAUGAGCUGUGUCACAUCGCUCAAACCAUGGCUAGGGGCCUGGCUUACUUGCACUCUGACUUUCCCGGACACAGAGACGGCCACAAACCAGCCAUCGCACACAGAGAUAUUAAGAGCAAGAACGUGCUGCUGAAGUCUAACCUGACGGCCUGUAUAGCUGACUUUGGUCUGGCUUUGAAGUUUGAGGCAGGAAAGUCAGCUGGGGACACACAUGGUCAGGUGGGAACCAGACGUUACAUGGCCCCGGAGGUGUUGGAAGGAGCCAUCAACUUCCAGCGAGAUUCUUUCCUCAGGAUAGAUAUGUAUGCGGUGGGACUGGUGCUGUGGGAGCUGGCGGCCCGUUGCACUGCGUCUGAUGGUCCAGUGGACGAGUACAUGCUUCCGUUUGAGGAGGAGGUGGGCCAACACCCCACUCUAGAGGACAUGCAGGAGGUUGUGGUCCACAAAAAGCUUCGGCCCACUCUCAGGGAGUGCUGGCAGAAACAUCCGGGUCUGGCCAUGCUGUGCGAGACUAUAGAGGAAUGUUGGGACCAUGAGGCUGAGGCGCGUCUCUCCGCGGGAUGCGUUGAGGAACGUGUGAUCCAAAUGCAGCGGCAGAACAGCAUCUCAGCCCCGGAGGAAAUAGUCACUGUUGUAACAAUGGUGACCAACGUGGACUAUCCCCCUAAGGAGUCCAGCCUAUGACUAGAGGAUAUCAGCAUGUGAAUUGCGGGCUGACCGAACAGAAAAGAUGCGUCGGGGAUGUUGGUGGACUGCUGUUCUGACCGCUGGCUUUAGACAUGCUGGAUAAUCGUCCUGUACUUACAGCUGGAGCAAAUGCAGACAAUGGUUUAAAACAGGUUUACCUGGAGCCAGCUACAUUAUUGUAUGUGUUGUGUAUAUAUAAACUAGUACCAUGGGUGCUCUGGUAAGGACGGAUGGAUUAUAAACCGACAUCAAAAAUGAACCUCUUGUUGUCGUUUCUCUGCUCAGAGAAAAAACUUUCCCAUUCAAGGAGUAAACGAGACUCCUCCUCCGCACGGGGCUCAUGUCAUUUCAGUAUAAAAAGGGCAAUGUCCAUGUAAAAAAAGACACAUUUAAUGUGUUCGUAUGAUUGACUAUUGUAAUGCCAAUAAGAAACAGCUUUUUGAAUGUGUAGUGUGACGCUGCUGUACAGAUAUCAACAGAAAGGGUGAUGAUCGAUACAACCCAAAUCAACACGCGUUUCCUCUGAAAGCUUUCAGAGUUUCUGUCAGAUAACCACCAACCUCUCGACAAGGUAUACCUCAGUUUCUCAUCCUAAUAAUAAGUUUGUUUUGUAACACUAAAUGAUAUAAAAAAGAGGCUUUUCGAUGACCUCCGUUUGGCACGGAAGCUUUUUAAAUACGGGGAUAACUUUUUUUAUAUGACAGAUUAUGCCAAGAAACGAUGGCCAUUCAUAAACCAGUGUUCUGCCUUCUUUCUUUUACUUGUUCUCUGUGUUGCCCUGCAGUUUAAAAUGUGAUACUUUUUUGUUUUUUAAGCAUUGUGACCGUUUGUUUGUUCAAACAAAUUUUGACCUUUAUCGAGACCUGUUGAGAAGAAAAAUCCCUGAAAAUAUGAAUUUUGUGAACAUAAUACAGAAGCACUUACCAAUAUAGGUUUGCGGUGUCCUCACAACUUUGAUGUAUGUGCAUGCCUUGUUUUCUUUUCUUUUUCAUUUUUAAUUUUCUUAGCUUUUCUAACCUUUAUCAUGUGGAGCUUGUGCAUGAGAUCCCGUUAGCAGUCAUGGAAACCCCUUCAUUAUUGGUUAAUCUGAAGUAUUUCCUGUCUUCAGGGCGUCACUCUUUUUGUUUCAUUUCCAUUUGGACUCAUCAAAUCUUGGUCUUCUAGGGGUCUUCUUGCUGUCCGCUUCUGUUGCGCUGCAUUUGAACCAGCCUACUCAUGAAGCCCGACCUCACGAGUGACACAUCAAACUGGUUUCAGAUCAGCAGCCAGGCGAUCUUCUACACACUUCUACAAGAACUGUAUCUCAGUAUGUCUCAGGAAGCGUUUCCCUUUGCUUUGAGCCCUCUGGUGCCAUUCUGGUGACCCUUGUUAUAUUAUGUAUGCAAGGGCCCUUAAUAUAACACCUUAUUAGUGUGGUCAUAUUAUGUGCAAUAACAUCCUAAGCAGGGACUGUUUCACAGCUCACAGGCCACUUCCAGUGUGGUAAAAAUCCAAGCGCCUAGCAGUUUGCUUAGACCAUGAUGUACACCACAAACUGAAGUCGACGUCAGGCUAUGCAUAUGUUAUGACGCCCGGUUGUCUGAGAGUAUUAAGCUAAUAAUAUGCUGUAAUGGGGACCGAACACAUGCAGUAACUCUGCCAACAGAGUCUUUCAAAAGAACAGCUUCUCUGCUGCUCCUCUUUGGCUCCGUUCACACUGCACUUGAAUCCAGUUUGAUUUUCUAAUCGGAUCUUUAGAAUCAUUUUGCGAGAAAUCAGCUUCAUUUGUUUGGACAGUGUAGUCAAUCUAUAUUCCAGGAAAAAAGAAAAAAAAACUUAAAAUCUGAUCAGACUGUUCACACUGAAACUGAUAUUAAUCUGACUUCAAACCACAUAUUUAUUUGUUCAAAAUCUGAUUUUAUGAGGGUUUUUUCAACUUUUGGACUACAAACAACUAAUGUCUCAUUUUGGUUCAUUUUCUUUCAAUAUUCUAGUUACAUUGCACCCCAAAAGAGUGAAAAAUGAAUUGAGAUCUGAACUGACAAUUGAACGCAUUUCUGAAAAUCUGUUUUUAAUCUGAUUUAAAACAACAUAUUCAUGUGAUUUGUAUCAGGUUUGUAAAAAUUCUGAUUUCAUGUGCUUUUUCCCCCCAUUCAGACUACAAACAACUAAACUGAUUUGAAUCAGAUACUGAAUCAGAUACUAAAUCAUAUGCUGCCUGUCUGAACAAAUAAUCCAAAAAAUGAAAAAUGAAUUGAGAUCUGAUCUGACCAUUCAGACUCAACACAUUUGUAAAAACCUGAUUUUAAUCUGAUUUCAAACCACAUGGCAGUGGUUUGAUUCCAGUUUGUAAACGAUGCAUUUCAUGUGUUUUUUUGUUGUUGUUGUUGUUAUUGUUGUUUGUUUGUUUUCAUCCAUUCAGACUAUGAACAUCUGAAAUGACUGAUAGUCUGAUACAAAAUCUGAUUUCUGUUGCCUGUCUGAACAAAUGAAGUAUGAUUAAGUGGUUCAUUUUGCUUUUACAAUUCUUUUACAAUGUAAUGCAUUUGACAAUGUUCAGGUCCAUACAGCCGUAUGCAAUCAAGCCCUUUCAAUGAAAGCUCUCUAUCUCUCUACUGUAGCAUUCUCAGCCAGCUCAUUCUGUUUUACUUCAUCUGAUGGUAAAUUAAUACAGGGCCCUGUGCCAUCUUUUAAAGGCCCUCAGUUGGACUCUGUAGAUGCAAAGGUCAUUGCAUUUAAGGUCAGUUGGUUAUAACAUCAAGCUGAAGUACAUGGUUCAUUUGCAGGAUGAGCGCUCAGGUCUGAGAGCAUCUCCGUGAGGUUCUUAUGAUUCACUUUUGACUGAACGCUAUAGAUGAUAAGCUGACUGCUGCUGGCCUAUAGAGUGUUUUUACCAGGUGCUGUCCUGUUCCCUGUCUGUUUUUGGUUUUCUAUUUGGGGAAUCUGGGGGGAAGGUUAAACAAGAUGGAAAGCCAAACUUUAAAAGCCCCGUGUUUAUUAGAAGACUUGGAUGAUAAUGCACCGUAUGUACAUAUGAAUGUUGUUUUAGAUUGUGAAAAGAGCAUGCUUUUUUUAUGUCUCAAAGAAAAAAAUCCUUUAUUGAUAUUAUUAUUAUUAUUAUUAUUAUUAUUAAAUAUUUUAAUGGUAAUUUUGUACAUCUGUAUUUUAGUUUUAUUAAUUUAUAUCAUGGCCCAGCUGUCAUUCUUCUUUUCUGGAUCAAUGAGAAGUGAUGCUAUUUUUAAAACUGGUCAGAUAAAACACUACUUAAGAAUCAAUCCUUUACCUCAGACUUCCACUCACAGCGUUUAAAAGAUUUAACAAACAGUGUAGCACGACAGACAACAUGGUGCAGUGUUGCAAGUAUUGCUUCUGGGAUUCGACCAGCAGCUUCUCUCUCUGUCUUUUCUCUCGGACACACUUUUUCGGUCUUCAGUGACCAUGUUUCUUCUCAACUACACCAUUGAGUGAAUGUCUCCACUUUACCAAAACUCUUCAUUUUAGGUGCGAGCAGCUGUAUUACUGUUGUGCUGGACAUGCCAUUUUUGUCCACCUUUCUCUUGAGUAUAUAACGCAUUCAGGGCCUGAUCAGACGUAAUUGUUACAUAAUGUACAGAUUAAAUUUUAUGCUACCAUUCCCCUCAAAUAAAGUAUAGUGACUGCUCUCAAA